GCUUCCCCGCUGAGACCUUCUACCACAGCAUGCAACCUGUCCUUACCAAAUCUAGCAUCCUGGCAGUACCCAUUGCCGCCGCCGUCUUUGUUCCCUUCUACUACGAACUAAAAAUUGUUUCCGCUUACCAGUACCUGGAGAUGCGGUUCAACUCUGUGACAACGCGUCGUGUGGCCAGCGCCCUCUUCAUCACGCAGACGCUUCUCUACCAGGCCAUCGUCAUCUACGCCCCGGCUCUCGCCCUCGCUGCCGUCACCGACUUCCCCAUGUGGCUCGCCAUCCUUGUCGUGGGCGCUAUCGCCUCCUUCUACACUACCAUCGGAGGCCUGAAGGCGGUGGUGUGGACCGACGCCCUACAGUUUGUGAUCGUGCUGGGAGGCCUCAUGACCAUCGUCAUCAUGGGAGUGAAAGAGGUGGGCAGCCUGCAGAAAGUAUGGGACAUCAACGUCAAACAUAAGCGUGCAGGACUACAGAUUUUCAACUGGAGUCCGGACAUAUUUGAGCGACACACCGUGUGGGGUCUGUCGUGGUUCGGCUUCUUCAGCAGCAUUGUGGAAUACGGCAGCUCCCAGACGGCCAUCCAGCGGUACUCCAGCAUGAAGAGCCUCACCCACGCCUACCUGUCAGUGUUGCUCCUCGUCCCAUACUUCGCCGCCGACGCUGUCCUGUUGACCCUCACUGGUCUGGUGGUGUUCGCGACCUACGAGGACUGCGACCCUCUGAAGGCCGGGCUGAUCCACUCUAAGGACCAGAUCCUGCCGUACUACGUCAUGGAUCGCUUCAGCUCUGUCCCUGGCCUGGCAGGACUCUUCAUAUCCUGCCUCUUUUCCGGGGCGCUGAGCACCAUCUCGUCCGGAGUGAACUCUCAAGCAGCUGUCACCUGGGAAGACUGGCUGUCUAAGAUGCCAAGCUGUGCCUCCCUCUCCACCUCCACCCAGACCCUCAUCACCAAGUUACUAGGUAGGUCCCACCCUCACACACCACCCACACCCUCAUCACCAAGUUACUAGGUAGG